GUGACCGGAGGAGGCGGGAGCUCAGGACCGGCGCCUUCUCCUUGCUUCUCGGGGUCGUGGCCUUGCUCCCGCGGUGCGAGGAAGGCGUGUGGCACGUCCACGCGCGUGUGUGCGCGUGGGGCCUGAAGCAUUCGUGGAUCCGCGCGAGGUCUCUGCGGCGUGGAAGCAGGAGCCAUGGGCGGGACCGGCAGCACCCGCCGGGUCACCUUCGAGGCGGACGAGAAUGAGAACAUCACGGUGGUGAAGGGCAUCCGGCUUUCGGAAAAUGUGAUUGACCGUAUGAAGGAAGCCUCUCCAUCUGGCUCAAAGUCUCAGCGGUAUUCUGGUGCUUAUGGUGCCUCAGUUUCUGAUGAAGAAUUGAAGAGAAGAGUGGCUGAGGAGCUGGCAUUGGAACAAGCCAAGAAAGAAUCUGAAAAUCAGAGACGACUAAAGCAAGGCAAAGACCUGGAGCAAGAGAGGGCUUUUGCCAAUGAGCAGUUAACCAGAGCUAUCCUUCGAGAGAGGAUAUCCAGUGAAGAGGAGCGCGCAAAGGCCAAGCACCUGGCUAAACAGCUGGAAGAGAAAGAUCGAAUGAUAAAGAAGCAGGACACAUUCUACAAAGAGCAGCUGGCUAGACUGGAGGAGAGGAGCUCAGAGUUCUACAAAGUCACCACUGAACAAUAUCAGAAAGCAGCAGAAGAGGUAGAAGCCAAGUUCAAGAGGUAUGAGUUUCAUCCUGUCUGUGCUGAUCUGCAGGCCCAAAUCCUGCAGUGUUACCGCCAGAACACCCAGCAGACCCUCGGCUGCUCCGCUCUAGCCAGCCAGUACAUGCGCUGCGUCAACCAGGCCAAACAGAGUAUGCUUGAGAAGGGAGGAUAAAGUCAACUUUUAGAACAAGCAAAACUCCUUCAACGUUGGAACUUUUUUUUCUUUUUUUUCCUAGUAAGAGAGUAACCCAAUUAAAGAAGACCAUUAAAGAGCACCAGAGAGCAGAUUCAGCAGAAGCAUAUCCCAGUUUGAAAAGCCAAGGCCUAGGUCAGUGAUCAAGGACACACUGCAGUUAGUUAACCCCAUUUAGGAUUAAAAGAGAAAGCCAACGCUCUCCACCUUUUUUACUUUCUGUUCAACUUUCCAUUCUAACCAAGCUCCGUCAUUUGGUGACCCUCCACUCUAACCAAGCUGGGGAUUGGGGUGGGGGCUACGGCCAUGGGGUGGGGGAGGGGAGGGCAGAAAACCCCCAGCUCAGGCUAACAGGUCUGGGCAGAAUCGUCUAGGCUGUGGCAUGUUGGUUCUCUCCCUUUUGCUUUUCUCCUUUGACUGAAGUAAUAAGAACUACUUCAUUUUAACUUAUUGUGGUGAUCAUGUAACUAAGAAAACAAAAAGAGAGAAAAUACACCUCUUACUGGGAUAAUGUUUAUGAUUACAAGUGAAAUAAGGCAUUUUUUGUCAACAUAAAGGAAACCUUGGCAUCUGCAACCUCUUCUCUAUCAUGAAUACUGACAUCUACUUCACUCAGUAUCAAUAAUAAAUAUAUUUUCUGACGAAGA